AUGUCAUCUGAGGAUACAUUUGUACUGGAAGAAUUCAAGAAUUCCAUCAAUAUGGUUGAAGGACGAUAUGAGGUAUCUCUCCCCUGGGAACUCAUUAAGAAACAACUCCCUACCAACUUAGCACUCUCAAGGAAAAGAUUGAACAGCACAAUUCACAAGCUGAAACAAACUAAUAAAUAUCUGGAAAUUCAUGACCAGAUCAUCAAAGAACAACUGUCUCUCAGCUUUACUGAAACAGUGGCAGAAGAAGACCACAAGUUGACAAAUGUCCAUUAUUUACCCCAUUUUCCAGUGAUUAAGGAUUCAACUACAACGCCCAUUCGUAUUGUAUUUAAUGCAUGUGCCCGGAUGGACAAGCAGGCCCCUAGUCAUCUAACCGACUUGUUUUUGAAAUUCCGUCUCGACCCAUUUGCGAUAUCGGCAGACAUCAGCAAAGCCUUCUUACGGGUAGGUCUCCAACCUAGAGAUCGUGAUUAUACACGUUUCAUCUGGCUAAAAGAUCUUAACAAUGAAAAGGACCUUCAAGCCUAUAGGUUUAGAUCAGUUCUCUUUGGAGCCACCUGCUCGCCUUUUCUACUCCAGUUGACCUUGCAACAUCACUUUGAAACCUACCCCACUUCACCUGAAGUUAGUUUCCUCAUGACCAAAUUUAUGUGGACAACUUAA